UUAAUUAUUAUUAAGAUGGUGGUGAAGGUUUAUGGCGCAAGAAAGGCUGCAUGCCCUCAAAGAGUUAUGUUGUGUUUGGUUGAACUCGGAGUCGAGUUUGAACUCGUACCCGUCGAUCUUCAAUCCCUUGAAAAUAAAACUAAAUCUUUCCUCCUCAAACAGCCUUUUGGACAAAUUCCUGUUAUAGAGGAAGGAGAUUUCACUUUGUAUGAAUCGAGGGCCAUCAUAAGGUACUAUGCGGCGAAGUAUGCAGACAAAGGUCCAAACCUAUUAGGGACAACCCUAGAGGCGAAAGCAUUGGUGGAUCAAUGGCUCGAGGUUGAGGCUCACAAUUUCAACGACUUGAUCUACAAUAUGGUGUUGCAGCUACUCGUAUUUCCACAAAUGGGGCGUGGAAGCGACCUGGAAUUGGUGAAGAGCUGUGAGGAGAAGCUGAAGAUAGUCUUGGAUGUUUACGAGGAAAGGCUAUCCAAGAGCACAUACCUAGCCGGAGAAGCGUUCACCUUGGCUGAUCUUAGCCACAUUCCGGCCUUGAGGAACUUGGGUGAUGAACUCGGGUUGGGACACUUGAUAACCGAGAGAGAAAACUUGAAUGCUUGGUGGAAGGAUAUCUCUAGCCGCCCUGCUUGGAAAAAGAUUGUAAAGCUCAUGGAUUAAUUGGAAUUUGGAGUGGAAAUUGUGUACAUCUUCUUCAAAUGAUGGAAUAAGUAAUGAAUAUGGAUGGAGGUUUGUGUUAAUUUGUCUACUUUGUUUGUUCAAUUUGCUAUAUCAUGUUACAACUAUGUUGUAUUUUACUAAGAUGUGCACUAAUAAUUGUGUUUUGUAUUAUU